GGGUUUCCACUUGGCGUCCUAUAAAAGCAAGCGCUAGGGCCUCUCGUUAGCGCAUCUGCUUGAGAAAGAGGAAGCAAAGCUUCAACUCGAAGCCAUACAUUUUCUCAACCGGCAGAAGAAGCCAUGGUCAAGUACUCAAGGGAGCCGGACAAUCCCACCAAAUCCUGCAAAGCCAGGGGAUCCGAUCUCAGGGUUCACUUCAAGAACACACGCGAGACAGCGCACGCCAUCAGGAAGCUGCAUUUAGCCAAGGCUAAGAGGUACUUGGAGGAUGUGUUGGCUCACAAGCAGGCCAUACCCUUCACACGGUUUUGUCGAGGUGUAGGCCGGACUGCUCAGGCAAAAAACAGACAUUCUAAUGGACAAGGACGAUGGCCUGUGAAGUCUGCAAGAUUCAUACUAGAUUUGCUCAAGAAUGCUGAGAGUAAUGCUGAGGUAAAAGGUUUGGAUGUGGACACACUUUACAUAUCGCACAUCCAGGUGAACCAGGCACAGAAGCAGAGACGCCGCACGUACCGUGCACAUGGAAGAAUAAACCCUUAUAUGUCUUCCCCUUGCCAUAUUGAGUUAAUCUUGUCUGAGAAAGAAGAAGCCGUAAUAAAGGAGCCUGAAUCUCAGUUGGCAACCAGCAAAUCCAGAAAGUCUCAAGCCCUAAGAAGCGGCGCAUCCUCUUGAAGAGGUUUCAAACCACCAACCAACCAAUUUAAAGAAGUUUUGGAAUUUUACAGCUGUCAAGUACCCUAGUUUUAUUGAAGACAAAUUCGUUUACUUUCUUCGUUGCCGUCUACAUUGCUUGUUUUGCUACAGCCACCUUGCUAUUUAGUUGAAAGGCUCUCUAAGGUGAACUCUGUGUAUGAACGUGUUGAAAUUGAUGAUGGGAUGUUUGCUGGUAAUUGAUGUAGAGAAGCCGAAGAAAUGUGGAGCAUUCAGGGAGGAAUCAAGCCAUUGGCGGAACGACACGGUUCUCUGAUGAGAUCAAACUUCCGGUGAUCUGACCGAGGAUCAGCAUUCGAGAAUGAUCGUGGUAAAAUGGGCAUUGUGUCCCAGUAAAUGACGUCUAAUGACAUUUUUUUUUUUUAAUAUUUACCGAUCUUGUCCGUCAUUGCCACCCGAAAUAAGAAAAGAACAAACAUUAAAAGCAUUAUAAAAUUUCAAGAUGCAGGAGUCUUUAUGUUUUCA